AUGGACGGCACGAGUGCGGACUCCUUUCUCACCCUCCUCGCGGAGGUGCUCUCCGUACCAAACGGAUUGGGCGCGCGCAACAUGUUCACGCGCCGCCUGGGCAGAGGCGGCGGCGCCGGUGGGCGCAGCGGCAGAGGACGGGGCGGCAGGGGCAGGCGGAGCGCGCGGGUGCGCGUGGAGGGCGUCCCCGCGGAGGCCUCUGCGGAGGUCCUGGCGGGCGUGCUGCGUGGCGCAGUGGGGGACGCGGUGGGGCGCGUGACGAUCAAGGGGUGCACGCGCGUGGUGGGUGGCGCGCGGCAGCAGUGGGCGUCGCUGGGGGUGGCGUACGCGGACCUGCUCUCCCCAGAGGCCGCAGACUCGCUGCUGCGCUGUGAACGCGCCGGUGCCCCACUGCACGUGGGCGGGCGCGUGCUGGGCGUGCAGCGCGUGGCGGAGCACAGGCGCGCGCCCGAGGGGCUGCUGCACCGCGCCACUGUCCACGUGGGCUUCAUCCAACGGCCCGGCCAGCUGGCGGUGACGUGGCAGUCGGAGGCUUCGGAGUGUCGGGUGGAGUUUGACUUUCUGGAGAGGCGCGUGCGCGUGCUGGUGGGGGAAGGGGGGACGGGGAGAGGGAGAGCGGGAGAUGCAGCAGCAGCAGCGGGGGUGGGUGAUGCAUGGGGGGAUUCAGACUCACACGAUGGGGGUGAAGCGUGGCAGCACAGUGCGCGUGGCCGUGGCGCUGCUGCUGCUUCCUCUCUGGAGGGCAUGGCAGGUUCCUGCCAGCGACUGCAGCACCGCCUGGACUGGCGCAUGAGGGACGUGCGCCUGUGGGACGCCCCCCACCGCCGCAGAGACAGAGCCACGCCCUCUGAGCGCCGCCCGCCGCUGCUGCUGCUGCCCGCCGUGCCGCCCGCUGUGUUCACGCGGGCGUGCGACGACGAUGUGUGGCAGCGCGACCCGUGUGCGUGGUUCCCCGACGACAGCGACCCCUGGACCCGCUCCACCGACCUCCGCCUCGCACCCGCCGCACCGCGCACUGGCGCAGUGGGCACAGCGGGGGACGGGGGGUGGGGAGGAGGGGUGCUAGGGGUGGGCUCACUGGUAGUGCAGGUAUCAGUGGGGAGGGAGAGUAGCGGGAAGGUGAGGGAGAUAGCAGAGCGCAUGCGCACAGUGGGACUGGGGUGCAGGCGAAGGUACCUGGGCCCGCCUCACCACAGCAUUGGCACGUCCUCCUUCCGCCCCCACCCGCCCAUCACCAUCGUCCCCUUCGUCUGUCUGCCGGCCCGUUGGCCUUCCACUGCCCCCGCCACCACCACCAUCACCGGCGGCAGCAGCAGCAGGAGCAGAGGGGAUGCGCAGGCAGCAGAGCUGACGUUCCCAGUGCUGUACAUGCUGACGCUGCUGGUGCAGCGGGGCACCAUCCCUCUCACCGCCAUGACCGCCCCUCUGUACCGCACGCUGGCACGCGAGCCAGCACGAGCAGCGGUGGCGGUGCUGCUGGAGUUCAUGCCCUACUCGCGCCCCGAGUUCGACCCCGCCGGCCAGUUCACCCGCGUCGCACGCGCCAUGCGCCACCAAGGCAAGCUGCCGUGGCGACGCGAGCGGUUGGAGGGAGGCGGCGGGCAGGCGUGGGGAGGGGCGGCAGAGGGGACACAGUCACGGCGCCGAGGAGAGGUGGUGCAGCAGCAGGGCACUGCAGAGGAGCAUGAGGAGCGGCGUGGGGGAGAGGAGGAGGAGACUGGGCAGGAGAAGAAGGCGGGGAGGAAGGCAGAGGGGGCGGUGGAGCAGAGUGAGGGCUCGGCGUGGCCGUGGGUGCUACCCGAGAACCACGUGCUGGUGUUCCGCCUCCUCAUCACACCCCUGGCCGCGCAGUGCUGCCUGCCCAGUGUGGAGCUGGCCAACCGAGUCAUCUCGCACUACCGCCCCCACGCACACCGCUUCCUGCGCGUGACGUUCAUGGAGGAGGGCGAGCGGCAGCUGGCGUCGUUCGCCCUCGUGGGCGGUGCUUACCGUGCGGAGGAGGCGCAGCACAGCGCGCGCACCGACGUGUACCACCGCAUUCUGAAGCUCGUCAACCAGGGCUUUGAGCUGUGUGAUCGGCGCUACCGCUUCCUGGCGUCGUCAGCGUCGCAGCUGAGGGAGAAGUCGGCGUGGUUCCUGGCAGAGGACGCCAGGCACGGCCUCACCGUCGCCGCCGUGCAGGCGUGGAUGGGCACCUUCACCGCCAUCCGCAACGUGGCCAAGUGCGCGGCGCGCAUGGGGCAGUGCUUCUCCUCGCGCUUCACCUCGCUGCCCCUGCCCCGCGCCCAAGUGCGCAAUCUCCCGGACGUGACACGCCACGGCUACUGCUUCACGGACGGCAUUGGUGCCGUGACCCCUGAGGCGGCCAGGGCGCUUGCGGAUGCCAUCGCGCCCUACCUCGACAGGCCGCUCUCUGCUGCCCCUCACCGUGCUCACUUGCCUGUGGGGGGGGGCGCGGGGGCGUGGCUGCGUGCGCCGUCGGCGUUUCAGAUCCGGUACGCGGGGGUGAAGGGCAUGGUGGCCGUGUGGCCGCGCGGGGUCAUGCAGCGCGUGGAGGCGCAGGGGGGCGCUGGUCCUGGUCCUGUCGAGCAGGCCAUGGGUGCGUGGCAGCAGCAGGAGGCGGUGGAUCUGUGGUUCCAAGAGGGGCAGUGUGCGGCCGCAUGGUGGGCGCAGGCACGGCAGGCUAGCAGUGAGGCAGGGCGUGCAGCAGCAGGGGGGGUGCACAUGUGGGUGCGGGAGAGCAUGGACAAGUUUGAGUCACAGCACGCUGAUGUGGAGGUGGUGAACUGGACGCGCCCCCAGCCGUGCUACCUGAACCGGCAGAUCGUGACACUGCUCUCCACGCUCGGCGUGCCCGACCACGUCUUCCUCCACAUGCAGGACGAGUUGGUGGGGCGGCUGGAGGCGGCGGUGGGCAGUGGGGCAGCAGCGCUGCAGCUGCUGGAGGAGAGUGGCGCGGACCACCUGCACGGCACCGCCAUCACCAUGCUGCAAGCGGGCUUCCACCCCGCGCAGGAACCGCACCUCAAACGCAUCAUCCAAGCCGUGCGCGCAGUGCAGCUGCAGGGGCUCAUCUCCCGUGCGCGCAUCUUCGUGAAGGACGGCCGCUGGCUCAUGGGCAUUGUGGAUGAGACAGGGCUGCUGCAGUACGGACAGUGCUUUAUCCAGGUGUGCGACGCCACGGCACCUGCACCCAGCGCCACCGCCACCCUGAGGCUGCACAGCACAGGGCGCGGCAUGGGGGCCCCGCGCGUGGUGACGGGCCCUGUGGUGUUUGGCAAGAACCCCUGCCUGCACCCGGGCGACCUGCGCGUGCUCACCGCCGUGGACGUGCCGUGCCUGCACCACCUCAUCGACUGCCUCGUGCUGCCCAAGCACGGCCCGCGCCCGCACGCCAACGAGGCAUCGGGCAGUGACAUGGACGGGGACGUGUACUUUGUCUCGUGGGACCCGCGCCUGCUGCCACCGGGGGGGCGCAGCAGUGACCCCAUGGACUACCAGCCUGCCAAGCAGGACAGCCAUGCGCCCGUCACCAUGCAGGACGUGCACGGGUUCUUCGUGGACCACAUGCUGAACGACAGCGUGGGCAUCAUCUGCAACGCGCACGUGGUGCACGCCGACCGCAGCCCCUCCAACGCCUUCGACCCCAACUGCCUCACUCUCGCCCGCCAAGCUGCUCUGGCGUUUGACUUCCCCAAGACGGGCGUGCCGGGCGUGAUGCCGCGCGAGCUGCGUGUGCACGAGUACCCCGACUUCAUGGAGAAGGACGACCGCCAGGACACCUACGUGUCGGACAAGGUGCUGGGGCAGCUGUACCGCCGAGUCAAGAGCAUGGUGCUGGGCGAGCAGCCGUGCGACCGCGCGCGUGUGGUGCCGGGGGUGGAGGAGGACGAGGAGGACGUGGGGGAGGGGGACGAGGGCAGUGACGAGGAGGCGGAGGCAGAGGUGCAGCAAGGGGCGGGUGGAGAGAGUGGGGGGCGCGGGUGGGGUGGCAGGGGGUGGGAGGGCGAGGCGGACGUGAUGGCGGACCGGCGCACGUGGCUGCGGUACCCGGGGGCGGAUGAGGUGGGGCGGGCGUACCGGGCGGACCUGAGGGCAGAGGGGUUCGAGCAGCACGUGGAGGAGGCGAGGUGGCUCAAGCAGGAGUACGACCGAUCCAUGCUGCACAUCCUGCACCAGUUUGGCAUCAUGUCGGAGGCGGAGGUGGUGUCGGGCAGCCUGCUGCACGCCGCGCACCGCCACGGGCGGCGCGAGGAGUCGGUGAGGGAGCACGUGCGCAACAUGUUCCUGUCGCUGCGCCAGCGCUACCACCGCCUGCUCGUGUACGGCGUGGACGCUGAGGGGGAGGACGGGGAGGAGCGCGGGGAGAGGGAGGGCGGGGAGCGCGGGGGGGACGACGGGGAGAAGCGCGUUGAUGAUUCAUUCAGGGAUCCGCGCCUCCCUCGGCAGCACGGCAGGGGCCAGAAGCAGCCCCUGGCACCGCAGGUCAUGGAUGACUCGGCCAUCCUUGACAUGGCAACCAUUCGAGCGCGUGCCUUUGCAUGGUACCAUGUGUGCUACCAUCCUACGGAAAUUGAGCGUGACCAGCACGAGGCACGUGGCCAUGUGCCUCCAAUAUUUCUCAGCUUUGCUUGGAUUGGUGUAGAUGCCUUGUGCCAGCACUUGAUCACACACUGA